AUGGCACCACUUACACCGGCUGAUCGUUUAGGUCGAGCCACUACUUUGGAAAUACCACAAUACGAUGAUGAUGCUUCUUCGACUCAUUCAACAACACCACUACAAAAUGAUACUGAGGGGGUGCAAAAGUACAAUAGUAUGCAUCAAAAAGAUCAUCCUCCAUCUUAUAGUCGUCGUGAUUCAAUAGAGCUACAACUGACGUCAUCUUUGCGAUCGCCUUCACAUAACCCUAAGAAGUUACCAGCAAAAACGUCAACUCACCAGUCUCUACAACAUAGAUUAACUGGUAGAUUAUCUUUAACUGGGACUCGCAGUCAUUUUGAUUCACCAAUUUCACCAGAGGAUUUGGUUGGUUUACAUGAUCCAAAGUCUUUAAAACAUUUGUACGAUCUAGGUGGGUUUGACCAUUUAUGCACCUUGUUAAAAACAUCACCAAAGGGACUUGAUGACCACAAUGAAGCUGAUCUAGAAGCUAGACGUCAUGACUUUGGUAUCAACAAACUACCACAAAGGACGUCCAAAAGUUUUAUACAACUUUGUUGGGAAGCAAUGAAGGAUAAAGUAUUGAUUAUUUUAUCCAUUGCUGCUGUUGUUUCUUUAGCGUUGGGAUUAUAUGAGACUUUUGGUAGUGGUACUCAUUAUGAUGACGAAGGGAAACCUCUACCCAAAGUCGAUUGGGUUGAAGGUGUGGCCAUUUUGGUGGCUAUCGCUAUUGUUGUCCUUGUUGGUGCAGCUAAUGAUUAUCAAAAAGAGCGACAAUUUGCUCGACUAAAUGCAAAAAAGGAAGAUCGUGAAUUGAUAGUUGUACGAAAUGGGGAGAAAAAACUAGUUUCCAUUUAUGAUUUGUUAGUGGGAGAUGUUAUCAAUUUACAAACUGGUGAUGUUGUCCCUGCAGAUUCGAUCUUAUUUCAAGGUGAAGUUGAAUGUGAUGAAAGUGCCUUGACUGGUGAAUCAGAAACUAUUAAAAAAGUGCCGGUUGAAGAAGCAAUGGAAAUUUACGAACUGCAUUUACCUACCGAAGAAGAUAUUGGCAGUAGAACGAUAAAAUUACGUGAUCCUUAUUUGAUCUCAGGAGCUAGAGUCUUGUCUGGUUUGGGUAAUGCUGUUGUUACUGCUGUGGGGCCAAACUCCAUCCAUGGAAGAACAAUGGCUAGUUUACAACAUAAGCCUGAAUCGACACCCAUGCAAGAAAGAUUGGACAACUUGGCUGAGGGAAUCUCCAAGUAUGGUUUCCUAGCAGCUAUUGUCUUGUUUAUUGUGUUGCUUAUUCGAUUUGGUGUGGAUUUAGCGCCUGGUGGUUCAUUCCAUAACUUGAACCCGACUGAUAAAGGAAGAAAAUUUAUUGAUAUUGUUAUUACAGCAGUCACCAUUGUUGUUGUUGCCAUUCCUGAAGGUUUACCUCUUGCUGUCACUUUAGCAUUGGCAUUUGCCACCACGAGAAUGGCUCAAAAUGGUAACUUGGUUAGAGUGUUGAAAAGUUGUGAAACUAUGGGAAGUGCUACUGCCAUUUGUUCUGACAAGACUGGUACUUUGACUGAAAACAAAAUGAGAGUUGUACGAGGCUUUUUUGGAUUGAAACAAGAUGGACAAGUUUUGGAAUUUGAUAAUACCGCCGACAAUUCGUAUGAACCUACAUCAGUUGAAGCUAGUGAAGAUAUCACUCCUGAAUCUAGGGUUUUUCUUGCUACGAAUAUUACCCUUAAUUCAACUGCAUUUGAAAAUAGUGAUUAUAAUGAAGAUGUAGUCAAUGCUGCUAGACAUAAACCAAAGCAAAAGAGUUUUUUCCAACGUCUCUUCUCAAAAACAGAACUGGCUACUCAAGAACAACAAGAAAUCUUAUCUGCUGAACCAUUCUUGGGAAACAAGACUGAAUCGGCAUUAUUGAUUCUUGCUGAAAAGACGUUUGGUGUUUUUCAAAAUAAGUCACUUGAUGAUGUACGUAGUGAAGCUCAGCUGGAAAUUGUUCAGGUUAUUCCAUUUGAAAGUUCAAGAAAAUGGUCCGGAGUGGUAAUGAAGAUUGAAAAUGGGUUUAGGGUUUAUAUCAAAGGUGCAGCUGAAAUUGUGUUUAAAAAUUGUGGAUUUGAAUUGAAUACUGAUGGAGAUUUGAUUAAAUUGGAUAGAACUAAACGUGAUGAUGUUUUGACCAAGAUUGAUGAAUAUGCUAAUGAUGCGUUACGUGCUAUUGCUUUAGGACAUCGUGAUUUUGUUGGCAUUACAUCGUGGCCGCCAUCCGGUUUAGCAUCUUCUGAUAGUCCAAAUGAGGUAGACCCUCAUGCUUUGAUUAAUGUUAGUGCUAGUGCUAGUGAAAUCAAUAAGCAAUUUGUUCUUGAUGCAUUGGUUGGUAUUCAAGAUCCAUUGAAACCGGGUGUCUCCAAAGCCGUGUUACAAUGUAAACAUGCUGGAGUUACCGUUCGUAUGGUUACUGGAGAUAACAUAAACACGGCAAAGGCCAUCUCUAAAGAGUGUCAUAUCUUGACACCUGAUGAUUUGGAUAAUGAAUAUGCAUUUAUGGAAGGACCUAAAUUUAGGAAAUUAUCUCCAUCGGAAAGAAGAAAAAUUGUACCCCAAUUGCGAGUUUUGGCAAGAUCAUCACCAGAAGACAAACGUAUUCUUGUUGAUACAUUACGUAAAAGUGGUGAAGUUGUUGCUGUUACUGGAGAUGGUACUAAUGAUGCACCAGCUUUGAAAUUGGCAGAUGUUGGAUUUUCCAUGGGUAUUGCAGGUACCGAAGUUGCUCGUGAAGCUUCCGAUAUUAUAUUGAUGACUGAUGAUUUCACUGAUAUUGUUCAAGCUAUCAAAUGGGGUCGUACUGUUGCUACUUCAAUCAAGAAAUUUAUUCAAUUUCAAUUGACGGUUAAUAUCACUGCUUGUGUAUUGACAUUUGUUUCUGCGGUUGCUUCAAGUGAAAAUAAAUCAGUGUUGACGGCAGUUCAAUUAUUAUGGGUUAAUUUGAUUAUGGAUACUUUGGCAGCAUUGGCUUUGGCCACCGAUAAACCUGAUGAUUCAUUUUUGAACAGAAAACCAGCUGGUAGACAUGCACCACUCAUUUCAACAUCAAUGUGGAAGAUGAUUUUGGGUCAAUCUAUGACUCAAUUGGUUAUUACUUUUGUAUUGCAUUUUGCUGGUAAACAAUUAUUUUACCCAGGACAUUCUCACAUUUCCAAUCAUCAACAGAAACAAUUGGAUGCCAUGACUUUUAAUACGUUUGUUUGGUUACAAUUUUGGAAAUUGAUUGUCACGCGUAAAUUGGAUGAAGCUGAUGAAAUCACGACUGUGAGAGGUAGAAUCACCGCUGAGAAUCUCAAUUUCUUUCAACACUUGUUCCGUAACUGGUACUUUAUUGUUAUUGCCCUCAUUAUUGGUGGGUUCCAAGUCCUAAUUAUGUUUGUUGGUGGUGCUGCAUUCAGCAUAGCUAGACAAACACCCGGAAUGUGGGCCACGGCUAUCUUAUGUGGGUUUAUCAGUAUCCCCGUGGGUAUUGUUAUUCGAAUUGUACCUAAUGUUUGGGUUGAACGUAUUUUCCCUACUAGAGCAUUCAAUAUGUUUAUUUAUUAUGUUGGAUUUGGCUGGGUUAAGAGGAAGAAGAAGAGUAAGUAUGAUGAAGACGAGGAGAGCGUUGGAGGUGGUGGAGAAAUAAGUGGCGUGAGUGGUGACAGUGAUGUAGCUGCUGGUGGCGGAGUUAAACUGAGUACGACGUCUACGUUGGCUAAACAUAGUUCAACUUCGAAUAAACCCAAGUCAUGA